CCCUCGUGAGGCUGGCAUGCAGGAUGGCAGGUCAGCACAGCCACAUGCCCCACGGAGGGAGCCCGAACCUGUGCCACACGCCGGGGCCCGCGCACCCUCCUGACCCACAGAGGCACCCGAACGCCCUAUCUUUUCGCUGCUCGCUGGCAGACUUCCAGAUUGAGAAGAAGAUCGGCCGAGGGCAGUUCAGUGAGGUGUACAAGGCCACUUGCCUGCUGGACAGGAAGACGGUGGCUCUGAAGAAGGUGCAGAUAUUUGAGAUGAUGGACGCCAAGGCCAGGCAGGACUGUGUCAAGGAGAUUGGCCUCCUGAAGCAACUGAAUCAUCCGAACAUCAUCAAGUAUUUGGACUCAUUUAUCGAGGACAACGAGCUGAACAUUGUGCUGGAGCUGGCCGAUGCAGGCGACCUCUCACAGAUGAUCAAGUACUUCAAGAAGCAGAAGCGGCUCAUCCCCGAGAGGACAGUGUGGAAGUACUUCGUGCAACUGUGCAGCGCCGUGGAGCACAUGCACUCACGCCGGGUGAUGCACCGCGACAUCAAGCCCGCCAAUGUGUUCAUCACGGCCACGGGCGUCGUGAAGCUCGGCGACCUUGGCCUGGGCCGCUUCUUCAGCUCCGAGACCACCGCAGCCCACUCUCUAGUGGGGACGCCGUACUACAUGUCACCGGAGAGGAUCCACGAGAACGGCUACAACUUCAAGUCUGACAUCUGGUCCCUGGGCUGCCUGCUGUAUGAGAUGGCCGCUCUCCAGAGCCCCUUCUAUGGCGAUAAAAUGAACCUCUUCUCCCUCUGCCAGAAGAUCGAGCAGUGUGACUACCCGCCUCUCCCUGGAGAACAUUACUCUGAGAAGUUACGGGAACUGGUCAGUAUGUGCAUCUACCCCGACCCCAACCAGAGGCCGGACAUCGGUUAUGUGCACCAGGUGGCCAAGCAGAUGCACGUGUGGACGUCCAGCACCUGACCGUGGGCACGGCGGGCCUUGCCAGAGCCAGCACCUCUCUGCCUUACCUGAGUCUCCUCUCCAAAGCGGCCACCUGGUAGCCUAGAUCAACUAAGACAAGAGAUUUCAGCAGGUUCCCCAAAGGGGGCCGGGCUUCACAGCAGAUGCUGAAUGCAGAGCAGCUGGGGGGAGGGGCGCUGGUCACAUGUUCCUGGUGGUCAAAUUCAAAAGUCCUUUCUUUAGACUGUUGCGGACAAUCUCAGCUGGAUUGUUAACAAAGGGGUGCGGAUCAGCGAGCCAGGGAUGCACCCCUUGGACCUGGACUGUAAUGUGAACCUGUAGGGUAAUUCCUUGAGUGACUGGUCAAGGUUGAUACGAACAGAACUGCAGGAGACUGCGAUUUGCAGUGAGCCUUUGAAAAUGGCUAGUAGCGAGUUCAGUUUAGCUUAGAAUCUUUUUAAACAAUCAAGCUGUGUGCUUAAUUUACUCUCUUGUAAAGGGAUAAAGUGGACAUAAUUUUUUAAAUGGAGUGGAGAUUUUCCUAAUAUUUUUAUCUAUGUUUUUAACUCGAUGAAUAAGGAUGAGGAGGACCCAGCAUCUGGCAUAGAGCUUCAGGAGACAGACAGUAUUUGAGAGGCAUGAGUGUUUUCCAUGCAGUCUGGCUCAGCCAUCUUCUCCUGACCACCUGCUCUGUACCAGGCACUUCACUUGCCUGAAUGCUGGCAGUUCAUUUAAUGAUCAGUGUUAAGCGUUUUUGUCUAUAGGAAGAAAGCAUGGCAUACGAAAAAUAUAAAACAUACCCUCAGGCUGUUCUCUGUACAAAUUCUAGUUUUGCAGCUUCCUGCCACAGCCCUGGGCAAGUUUCUUAGUCUCUCUGAGCCUUAGUUUCCUCAUCUGUAAAAUGGGACUAAUAAUACCUACCUUCAGGGUUGCUGACAGAAUUUGAAAUAAAAUAUGGAAGUUGUCUAGCACAUUGUAGAUGAUUCAAAAAUGGCAGCACUCACCCCUUCACAGAACUCAAGUCCAUGAACCACGUUAAGUCAAGAAUUAAUGUACAACUGUACUACGUGUAGGAAACCAGAAAGGUGUGCCUUUAUUUCAUGUUCCCAAAUAGGAUUAACUGUGAAGACUAAUUUAUAAAUGUGAACAUAAGGAAAACUCAAGCUCUGAAGGAAACAGUUUGAAUUUUGUCUUUAUACUCAAGUUAAUCCUCAAAUGGUCUAAGUUGUCGUCCACUGACUUGGUGACAGUUCAGCCCUCCAGAGAGCGCGCAAGCCCGCCCGCUCCAUCUGUGUCCUGGCAAGGUGCUCUGACUGCAGCCAAUUCGCUGGCCAGGCCUCCCUGGGGAUAAAGGGCUUGGGCUGGGCCACUGCUCUGUUUCCAUGUGUGAAAUCUGUUCUACUGUAACACUGUCGAGUUGGAGAGAUUUUCUUCAGAUGCAACCUUUGCUUUGUAUGUGUUCUCCAUGUUUGAAAUAAAAUGGGGUAAGGGGGGUU